GGGGGAUCAGUUCCAGUUGAUAUAAGCCUGGAUGAAGAGAGGGAGGAAAUAACUUAAUUGCUUUAGACUUCAGUUCAGCUGGAGUGGAGAGGAAAGAAUCAGCGUCCCUUCUUUGGAAUUCAGCAAGAAGGUCGUGUUGUUGGUGAGGACAGCUCUUCUGCAGGUUUUGUGGAGGGGCGAUGCCCGCCGGGGGCCGGGCGCUGCUGGCGCUGCUGGGGCUGCCGGCGCUGCUGGCCCUGGGCUGCGCCGCCGACAGCGACUUCGCCGAGGGCGGCCCGGAGCGGCGGCGGCCCGGGCCCGGCCCCGCCUGCCCCCGCGACUGCGGCUGCACCCAGGAGGGCGUCGUGGACUGCGGCGGCAUCGACCUCAAGGAGUUCCCGCUGCUGCUGCCCGAGCUGACCAACCACCUCUCCCUGCAGAAUAACCAAAUAGAAGAAAUCUUUCCAGAAGAGCUUGCUCGUCUUUAUAGACUGGAAACUCUCAAUUUGCAAAACAACAGGCUGACUUCAAAAGGGUUGCCAGAGGAAGCAUUUGAGCAUCUGGAGAACCUGAAUUACCUGUACCUGGCAAACAAUAAGCUAACAGUGGCUCCAAAAUUCCUACCAAAUACCUUGAUCAGUGCAGAUUUUGCAGCCAAUUAUCUCACUAAGAUAUAUGGGCUCACAUUUGGACAGAAACCAAACUUGAGAUCUGUGUAUCUUCAUAACAACAAACUUUCAGAUGCUGGGUUACCUGAUAAUAUGUUCAAUGGCUCUAAUAAUGUGGAGAUACUCAUCAUGUCCAGCAAUUUCUUGAAGUAUGUUCCAAAGAAUCUCCCUCCAGCACUAUAUAAAUUACACUUACAGAGCAACAAGCUGGAGAAGAUUCCCAAAGGAGCCUUCAGCGAGCUUACCGGGCUGCGGGAGCUGUAUCUGCAGAACAACUACUUGUCUAAUGAGGGAAUGGACAAUGAAACUUUCUGGAAAUUGUCUAGUCUUGAAUAUCUGGAUUUGUCCAGCAAUAACCUCUCCCAAAUCCCAAGUGGUUUACCUCGAAACAUCGUCCUCCUCCACCUGGAGAAGAAUGCAAUUAAGGUGAUUGACAGAGAUGUCUUGACCCAAAUUAAGAACCUGGAGUACCUUCUGCUCCACAAUAACAAAUUAAAAGCCCGAGGUAUUCACCCCUCAGCCUUCCAUGGCCUAAAGAAGCUGCACACUGUGCACCUGUACAACAACAUGCUGGAAAGGAUCCCCAGCGGGCUGCCCCGGCGGGUGAAGACACUGAUGAUCCUUCAUAACCAGAUCUCAGAGAUCAACAGGAAUGACUUUGCUACCACUUACUUCCUUGAAGAGCUGAACCUGAGCUACAACAAGCUCACAAGCCCCCAGAUCCAUCGGGAGGCCUUCCGUAAACUGCGGCAACUGAAGUCCCUGGAUCUUUCUGGAAACAAUCUCCACACGGUGCCUUUUGGCUUCCCAAAGAACUUGCAGGUUCUGAAGCUGAAGGAGAAUGAGAUAAGCAUCAUCCCAAAAGGGACUUUGUCUGGGAUGACAAAGCUGAGGGAACUGUAUUUGAGCAACAAUAAACUGAAAGUAAAUUCAAUUUAUUCAAGAGCAUGGAGAGAACUCAGCAGUCUUCAGUCACUAGACAUGGCUGGCAACCAGCUGACAUCUAUCCCAUUAGGCCUGCCAGAAUCUCUGGAAUAUCUGUAUCUCCAGAACAACAAGAUCACAACGGUUUCAGAGAAUGCUUUUGAAUCCACACCCAAAAUAAAGGGGAUUUACCUCAGGUUUAAUAAGAUUGCAGUUGGAGCACUGAAAGAAAGUACCUUCCAAAACCUGAAGCACUUACAGGUGCUGGAUAUUGAAGGGAACCUUGAAUUCAGCAACAGUUCAAAGAAUAAGGAUGACUCAGAAGAGGAGAUGGAAGAUGAGGAAGAGGAAGAGGAAGAAGAACUGAGAUAAAAUGUGAAGUCAUACAAUCCCAUCACAUGGGAGGAAAACAUAUGGAAAAAUACAUAUAUGUCUAUGUGUAUACAUCUAUAUAGAUAUCCAGAGAACACUUAGCAAAACGUGCAAUGAAUUAUGCAGAAACUGUUGUGGCACUGGGCCAGGCUCAUGGAAGACAGUGUGUUUCAGUGCCUUAUUCAGGGAGAGACCCUGAAUGCCUUUCCAAAGCUUCCAAAUCAUCUUAUACAAGACCCAGGAUCAUAAGGGAUUGCUCUGGAACUCACAAAAGCUGGCUUUUGUUUCUUCUGUUUCUCUUCCCUCACUGUUUCCAUCUGUAAUAACAAUAUGGGACUGUUUUGAACGCAGGCCUUCAAAUGCCAUUUUUGUCACUGCAUUUUAAGUGAACCAUGUUUAUGCCUCCUUUCUUUUCCUCCACCCAAAAGAUGCUGUUCUUGGCCAGGGCAGAUGAAUAUCUGCAGUAGUUUCAAGUGCAGAGCAGUGUAUGAGGCAUUUUGGUCAUCAAGCAGCAGUAAUAAUUCUGGAUGCAAUUAUUUCUCUGUUAUAACAAUGUGUAUAUUUGGAUGAGAAAAACAAAAUAAGGCUGGAUCCCGUAAUAUUUUAUCUCUACUGCUAAAACCUGCAGUAUAUUCCUGUUUUAGAAAGGUUUUAAGAUAAAACAAUGCUCUUGUGAAUAUAUAUAUAAAUACAUAUAUAAAAUGUCUGCCUUCCAGA